AUGGAGGGGUUUUAUCUGCACAGAUAACAAGAACUACAGAGGAUGGGAAAACCAAGCAGAGUGAACCAAACCGCUGUUUCAGACUUCCUCCUUCUGGGACUCUCUGAGCUGCCAGAGGAACAACCUCUCCUCUUUGUCGUCUUCCUGGGCAUGUACCUGGUCACUGUCAUGGGGAACCUGCUCAUCAUCCUGGCCAUCAUCUCUGACCCCCACCUCCACACGCCCAUGUACUUCUUUCUGGCCAACCUGUCAAUAACGGAUGCCUGUUUCAUCUCUGCCUCAAUCCCCAAAAUGCUGGCCAACAUCCAUACUCAGAGUCAGACCAUCUCCUAUUCCGGGUGCUUUGCACAGCUCUACUUUCUCCUUGUGUUUGGCGGCCUUGACAACUUGCUUCUGGCUGUGAUGGCAUAUGACCGCUACGUGGCCAUCUGCCAGCCACUUCAUUACAGCACAGCUAUGAGUCCCCCACUCUGUGCCUUAAUGUUGAGCAUAUGCUGGGUGCUAACCAACUGUCCUGCACUGAUGCACACACUGCUGCUGACCCGUGUGGCCUUCUGCACCCACAAGGCCAUCCCCCACUUCUACUGUGAUCUCAGGGCUCUCCUGAAGCUUGCCUGCUCAGAUACCCGCCGCAACGAGCUAGCGAUCAUCACCGCGGGCCUCGUGUUCCUCGCCGCCCCCCUCACGCUCAUCGUCCUCUCCUAUGUCCGCAUCUCCUGGGCGGUGUUUGGCCUCUCGUCUCCUGGAGGGCGGUGGAAGGCCUUCUCGACGUGUGGUUCUCACCUCACAGCGGUCCUGCUCUUCUACGGCUCUAUUAUGGGUGUGUAUUUACUUCCUCCAUCAGCUCACUCUGCAGAGAGGGAAAGCAGGGCUGCCAUUCUCUAUAUGGUGAUUACUCCCAUGCUAAACCCAUUCAUCUAUAGCUUGAGGAACAAAGAUAUGAAGGAGGCUUUGAGUAAACUCUUCGGCAGUGGGAAAACCAUCUUCUUACCAUGA